GUGCUUUAUGCGCAGCACCUGUUGUGCCGUCAGUUGCCAGUCUCCAAAAACCCAACCCCGUCCGCGCAGCGAUAUUUUAUCUCAGUCUACAAGUUAUGACUCUUGACUGCGCCAGACAACAGAUCUCGUCUCGGAGUUCCGGAUAGCUUUCUCUGCUCGGACUGUAUCAGGUUGCUGGACUCCCUCGCAGUCUCUCUCUGUGUGAGAGCUUUGGUUCUAAUGCGUAAAGAUCUGUCGGGAUUUAUGUGACGAAGUGUGGAACGCACCAUGAGCGCGCAAUUGAGCCGAAAUGCAUCUGUGUAUUUUUGAUCGCCCUGUGCCAUAGAUGAUACGCGUGCAUAAAGGCGAUUUUCAAACCAUGUUGCUGGGAUUUUAAUUGCUUAAACUUUCUUCAGCACAAAUAUUCGACUUUCCUCAGAGCCAACAGAUGUGUCCAAAACUACACUUGUGUCCCGCAUGUUUGUGGUGAUCCAGACCAGAGUCCAGCUUUGUGAUCGCCAACUACCACUCAUCCAAAUGAUCCUUUUAUUAAUAUUCCUUCUUGCAUCGCUUCUCCAACAAUAUGGGACAGAAGCCGAAUCCAGUGAUGUCAGCAAAUUACAGCUUUCAAGUAUAAAGGAGCCAAACGGAGUUCAGGAGUCCGUAAAGGAAAAAGUCUUAACUGUGUCUGGAGAGGGAAUGAUCCACAGCCCAGACUUCCCACACACGUAUCCCAGGGAUACCAUGCUGGUCUGGAGGCUGGUGGCGGCCGACAACAUGAGGAUCCAGCUCACAUUUGAUGAGAACUUUGGUCUGGAGGAUCCUGAAGAUGGAACAUGCAAGUAUGACUUUGUGGAAAUAGAGGAUCCGACUGAGAAGACGAUCCUGGGUCGUUGGUGUGGCUCACAAUCUGCACCAACAAGUCAAAAAUCCAAAGGCAGCCAAGUUAUUGUUCGUUUCAUAUCAGAUGAAUACUUCCCCUCUGAGCCUGGAUUCUGCCUCCACUACUCUCUACUUCCUGUGAGUGCCUCAGAGCCAGAGGUUACCACGCAGCCCCCUCCGUCCCUGCAGGGUGUUGAGGAGCUGUUGGAGGCGGUGGCGCUGCUCAGCACAGUGGAGGACGUCAUGAAGUAUCUGGAACCGGAGCGAUGGCAGCUGGACAUGGAGGAGCUGUACAAACCCACGUGGCACGUGUUGGGGAAGUCGUUCAUCCUCAACAGGAAGGCCAGAGGAGCUGAUCUCAAUGUGCUGAGGGAGGAAGUUCGUCUGUACAGCUGCACUCCACGUAACUACUCCGUGUCUUUGCGAGAGGAACUGAAAAGGACAGAUGUCAUUUUCUGGCCCAGCUGCCUCCUUGUAAAGCGCUGUGGUGGAAACUGCGCCUGCUGCUCUCAUCGCUGCGUUGACUGCCAGUGCGUGCCAGCAAGGGUCACAAAGAAAUACCAUGAGGUUCUUCUGUUGAGACAUCGAGGUGGAGGGAGAAGCAUGCAGAAGUCCAUGACGGAUGUGGCCUUGGAGCACCAUGAAGAGUGUUCCUGUGUCUGCAAAGACGACCAGGACUGACCUCAGAUCUGCAUGAAAGCUGCCAACAGCAGCACCACAACAUCAGACUUGAACUCUGCAGCCGUUCUGAAUCUCAUCCACUUCCACUGGGGAGCUAACAAGAUUCUUCUUUUAUACUCUUGUCCUUUCACUAAUUGGAUGAAGCAGAACAGACUGGAAUCUAAUAAAUCUUCGGUAUGGAUGUGACCAUUGGGGAAUACAAAUUGUGUGCUCUGAGUGAAUUUUAGUGGAAAGGAAAAUCACUGGAGCAAAGGUGGACUACUAUCAAACAGCUGCAGAUAACUCAGAGACAUUGUCUACUCAUCUGGAAAACGUUUUCAUUCAGUUUGGACUGUAACAUUUAAGGGAGCAUCUUCUUUAAGGGCUUCUAGUCUCUGUAAGUGAGCUGCCUCCAGCUGCUAAACUCCCAGUUUUAUGGUUCAUGUUUUUCACCAUCGAGCCAAAGAGUAGCGGCUGACUCUGGCUACUUUCCUUUACCACCUUUGAGCUUCGCUACAGAUUUGUCAGUGGCAAAAUGCAGUGGCAUGCAAUCACAUCAUGUGUAAAUAUUUUUUUCAGUUUUGUUUUUUUACACCAAAGAUUUUCAAGGAGGGAUUGUUGCGAAUUUUGAACCAGUUGGACAUUGUCUAGAAACAUUUCUGUGAUCCAUAUCAGCGAUAUCAACUCCGCUUGCUUGAGGAAUAUAUUGCAUUUUGUUGUUUUUGCAGAAUGAUUGUUCAUAAUAAAUAUUUAUUUCUAAUGAAAGGGAAUUUAGAUACAAUGUGCCUUGUUUGCUACAUUUUUGCUGUACAGUAGAAUUAGUUUUCAUUUUCUAUUUUUAGUUAAUUUUACUUUGAAAUUUCAUUGAGGUUCUUUGUUUUUUUGAACACCAAAGUUAUUUAACUGUUUGUGUAUUUUCUAAUACUGAGCUUAAAGAAUAAAUUUUUCAAUUUCUGCUUGAAUUUGAACUUCUUGUGGCUCCUCUAAAUUAAACCGGAACAGACAGACAGGAGUCUGACUUGUGCUGGAUGUUGAAGGUGUACGGAGUGAAAAGGAACGGUGAGAGUACAGAGCCCUGUGGCACUCCUGCUGCUGAUCACCUGCUAAAACACACAGUCCCUCAGUCUCCCAAACUGAAGUCCGUCUGUCUGUCAGGUAAUCACUGACCCAAGCAAAGUCUGAGGCCUUUGCUUGUGUUUUCUUGAAUCUAAUAGAAAAAAUGUUUAAUAAUAUACAGUAAAUAUGGGAUCAAAAUUUCCAACAGAAAGCCCAAUGAUUUUCAAAAGAAAAUUAAUGACUUUCAAAGUUUAACACCAGUAAUUUUAUUUUUUUAGGAUUUUAUGAAUGAAAGGUUUUGAGUUUAGUGCUAUGCAUUGUAAUGAGUGUAAUUGUAAUUAUCACAAUUAGGAAUUCAGAGGACAAAGUGUGUGUAUUUAAUACACAAUUUUAUUGAAUUGUAUUGAAUUGACACAAUUCAAUUCCAUGUGUGGAUUCAGUACGACCAUUUUUUUACGGAGAAGAUAAAGCACUUUUUUAUUUUAGAGACAAAGUGUGAAUGAUGACUGAAGGAGUUUAAAACUUCUGUGUUUUCUGAUCCCCUGAACAAACUGUAUGUUUUCACAUUCUUCUAAAAACUAAAAGCUUCACUCUGAGUGUUA